GUGUCGGAGGUUGUAUGUGUAGUGUGUCAGAUCUAUGGGGAGUAACAUAACAUGAGAUGAGACCCAAUCCCCAAACUCGCCGGACUUGUUUGUUGGAUUGUCUUCUCUUUCUUCUAACUUGCUAUCUUAGGAACUUGAAAAAGUGCAUACAUAAAACUCUACACCAAAUAUGUCUGAACUCAAAGACAAAGACCCUCCUAUAAAACUCUUCGGUAGAACCAUUCAGUUGCCGGAUUCUCCUCAACACGAUGAGGAUACCAAAGAAGAAGAAGCUCACAAGGAUGACUUUGGAGGAAACCUGGAUGAUGAUGAGGAUGAGAUGGAAACUUCGACUGGCAAGGAGUUACCGGAUCAGAAUUCAGAUCCAAUUAAAACUGAUGAUAGUAUAAAGGAGCCACCUGUUGAUAAUGACUGUUCAACGAGACCCUCAAAAAGUGAAGAAGAGCAGGUAGAAGCAAGUAAUUCGCAAGAAAAAAUCCUCAAAAAGCCAGACAAGAUACUUCCGUGUCCCAGGUGUAACAGCAUGGAAACCAAAUUUUGUUAUUUCAACAAUUACAAUGUGAACCAGCCUAGACACUUCUGCAAGAAUUGCCAGAGAUAUUGGACAGCUGGUGGGACCAUGAGGAACGUGCCAGUAGGUGCUGGUCGUCGGAAAAACAAGAACUCAAUUCCACAUUACCGUCAAAUAUCUGUCUCUGAAACACUUCCGAAUGCACAAGCAGAUUAUCCCAAUGGAAUCCAGCAUCCUAUUCUUGCAUUUGGCUCCACUACACCACUCUGUGAAUCAAUGGCUUCAGCUUUGAACAUUGUUGACAAAACAGUGCAUAACUGUUCACAAAACGGGUUCCAUAAACCAGAAGAGCCUGGGGUUCAAGUUAGUUACGGAGCGGGAGACAGUGGAGAUGACCAUUCUAGAAGAUCGUCCGUCACUACUACAAAUUCAGAGGUUGAAGUUAACAAAAUUGUACCUGACCUGCUAAGGACGAACUGCCAUAACUUUCCACCUUACUUGACUUGCUAUCCUGGGACUCCUUGGCCAUAUCCAUGCAGUUCUGUCCCCUGGAGUCCUCCUGGUUAUUGCCCUCCAGGCUUUCCUAUGCCGUUUUACCCAGCAGCUUCUUAUUGGGGUUAUACUGUAGCAGGUUCUUGGAAUGUCCCUUGGGUGUCCCCAGUUAGUGCUUCCUUAACCCAAACACCUCCGACUUCUGGUCCUGAUUCUCCGACUCUGGGGAAACACUCGAGGGAUGAAAACGUACUAAAACCCGUGAGCAGCAAGGAAGAGCCUUCAAAAGAGAGUAAUCCUGAGAAGUGCCUCUGGGUUCCAAAAACUCUGCGAAUUGAUGAUCCAGAAGAGGCUGCAAAGAGUUCUAUAUGGGCGACAUUGGGAAUAAAACAUGAUAGUGUUGAUUCCAUUGGUGGAAGUCCUUUCAGUGCUUUUCAGCCGAAGAAUAAUGACAACAAUAGUGUUUCAGAAAACUCUACUGUAUUACAAGCAAACCCAGCAGCAAUGUCUCGGUCAGUAAAUUUCAAUGAGAGCUUAUAAGAAGUUGUGGAAUCAUUAACAUCAGACAAUGAUGGCUAGGCCAGGCAGGAAUUCUUCAGCUCGGUAACUCUUAACUACUGUUACCUGUCGGCAUAUUUUGGUUAGAGCAAGUUCUUCACAGUAGUGUUGGUGAAAAUGCAGGAUAGAUUCCUUCAAUUUCUUUCGGAUCGGAGUAGAUGAAUAUCUAGCAGUUAAUUCUCCUUUUUGUGUGGAAAAGAAAGGUGUUUUUUGGUUGAUAGCGUUUUCUUUUUUCUCUCUCUCUGUUUUGCGUCUUAGUUGAUGUACAUACUUGUAUUUGAGAAAUGAGAGAUAAACUAGGCUGUUUGUGUACCAAAUUUGCCGUGUGAUGAAUAAGUUGGCAGUAAAUUUAAAAAGUUUAUUAUUUGCUUAA